AUGUGGUACCCAGAUGCGCAAUUUGAACGACAGUUUAAGAAAGGCGGAACGCUAGGAACGCUGUGGAUGUCACCGAACAAUAAAUCCACCGAGUACGAUAAACAAAUAGGGCUGGAUAAAUUUGAGAAAUUAAUGUACUCAGCCCCUGUACAGUCCGAUGAUUUCUCAGGAAGGUUACGUGAAAAAUCACUGGAGAAUAUGAUUCUCAACUUUGGACCACAACAUCCGGCCGCACACGGUGUACUUCGGCUGGUGUUGAAACUGGAGGGUGAGGUGAUAAUCAAAGCAAUCCCGCAUAUUGGACUAUUGCAUCGUGGUACCGAAAAGUUAAUCGAGCACAAAACCUACACGCAGGCACUGCCCUACUUCGAUAGACUAGAUUAUGUCUCGAUGAUGUGCAACGAGAGUGGCUUUGCACUCGCCAUUGAGAAACUUCUCGGUAUUAAUCCACCUCCAAGAGCGAAAUAUAUCCGAAGUGAGUGA